GUUAGUUUGUAUUUGUCUACAGUUGGCCGUGUACGCGUUGUUUUUAUAAAUAUAAUGUUUUUUUUUCGAAAUCGAUUUAUUAAUUGUUCUAUUAUUGAAGUGUAUAAGAAAAUAUAAUCCAUAGUCAUAAAAUAAUGGAGAACGAUAUAAAAGAAGAGGAGAAAAAGGAAAAAUUUACUUGGGGCGAACGACACAAACAAACAUUAAUACUUUUUUUUGGCAUGGUCAUUUCAUAUGGAUUGAGAGUUAAUCUAUCAGUAGGUAUUGUAGCUAUGACUGACAAAUCAAGCGCCAACCCACAUUUCAUAGAGCUGCCAUGGAAUGAAUCAUCAAAAAGCAAAGUAUUAAGUUCAUUUUUUUGGGGAUAUCUAAUAACUCAAGUAUAUGCUGGACAAAUGGCACAGAAGUAUGGAGGCAAAUAUUUUUUGGCUGGUGCAUUAGGAGUCAGUGGCAUCUUGACAAUAUUCACUCCAGUAUCAGCGAUACAUGGUGGUGUAUUAGUUAUGUGUGCGAACAGAAUGGUUCAAGGAAUGGCACAAGGUCUCAUAUUUCCAUCAGUUAAUGUUUUGUUGUCAAAAUGGGCACCUACAUCUGAAAAAGGACGUUUGAUUUCAUUUGUAUUUAGUGGCACGCAAUUUGGAUCAUUAGUUAUGCUUCCUACCGCAGGUCUUUUAGCUAGUAGUUCAGGAGGUUGGCCAGCUAUAUUUUAUGUAAGUGGUGCUCUGACAUUAGUAUGGGUACUUGUAUGGUCUCUAAUGGGAGCUAGCAGCCCAUCAGAACAUCAAACUAUAAGCGAGGCAGAAAAAAAAUUCAUUAUUAACUCAUUGAGUAAUACAACAUCAAAAAAGCCUUUGCCAACUCCUUGGGGGAAGAUAUUUAAGUCAAUUCCUAUGUGGACACUUAUAAUUGCGCAUCUAUCACAAAACUUGGGCUUCUGGAUUUUAUUAACAAAUAUGCCAACCUAUAUUAAUUAUAUACUUAAAUUCAACAUUAAAUCGAAUGGAUUUUUAUCUGCUAUGCCAUACUUGAUUAUGUGGAUACUGAUUAUAGCAUUUUCCUGGAUUAGCGACUACAUCAGGACACAUAGUUUGAUAUCAAAUACAAAUCAAAGAAAAAUGUGGAAUAGCUUAGCUCAUUGGGGAGGAGCUUUAGCAUUAGUCUCACUUUAUAUAUUUGACACAUCAACUACAGGAGCAAUAGUCUUAUUGACUGUAGCUCUAGGUUUAAAUAGUGGUGUUUUCACAGGUUUUUUGACUAACCAUUUAGAUUUGGCACCAAAUUUUGCAGGCACACUAUUAGGAAUUACCAAUAGUAUAGCAAAUCUUACAUCAAUACUGGGACCAUUAUUAGUAGGGUUCAUUGUAACAGACAGUUCUAACAAAGAUCAAUGGGGAUUGGUGUUUUUAUGCUCAGCUGGCGUCUUCUUCAUUGGAAACUUAUUUUAUGUUAUAUUUGGAACUGCUGAUACUCAAUCAUGGAAUGAUGCAUCAAUAAACAAUGAAAUAAAAGCAGAUAAGAAUGAAGACCCAUGAGUUACCACUUCAAAAUAUUUUAUGGGAAUUAAGUGUAAAUUUGUUUUAAAUUGUUUAAAUAUAAAUAAUGUACUCUAAAUAUUUUAUUAUCAUUAAUGAUAAGAUUUAUUUAUAAAAUUUUAAAAAUUGUGUAUAAAAUUAAAUCAAUAAAAACAAAUUAUACUUCUAAUAA